AUGGCCUCGCCGAUCUUCCUGGUUGGCCCGACGCCGGCGGACCACGAGAGCACGGCGCAGCUCGAGAAGCACCUGCGUGAAGCUGGCCUGUACGAGAGCGCCGAGGAGACGGCUGCCCGCGAGGAUGUGUUGCGCGACCUCCAGGGCAUCGUCGACCGCUGGGUGAAGCGGCUCACGACUCAGCGAGAGUACCCCGACGGCAUGGCCGAGCAUGCGACCGCCCUGCUGCUCCCCUUCGGCUCGUACCGCCUCGGCGUCCAUGGCCGCGGCGCUGACAUCGAUGCCCUCGUCGUCGGGCCCGCCUACGUUGACCGCCACCACGACUUCUUCGACGUGCUGGGCGGCGUGCUGGCCGAGACCGAGGCGGUGACGGAGCUACAGUUGGUUCCCGGCGCGUACGUGCCGGUCAUCAAGAUGAGGUUCCGCGGCGUGCAGGUGGACCUCCUCUACGCCAGCGUCUGCCUCCCGGCGGUGCCCAUGGACCUGGACCUGCGCGGCCGCUCCGUGCUCUGCGGCCUGGACAUGGCCACUGUCCGCAGCCUCAACGGCGUCCGCGUCGCCGACGAGAUCCUGCGGCUGGUCCCGGACGCCGGCGCCUUCCGCACGACGCUGCGCUGCGUGAAGCACUGGGCCAAGGCGAGGGGCAUCUACUCCAACGCCAUGGGCUUCGUCGGCGGCGUGGGGUGGGCCAUCCUCGUGGCGCGCGUGUGCCAGCUCUACCCCAACGCCGCGCCCAGCAUGCUCGUGCCGCGCUUCUUCCGGGUCUUCUCGCAGUGGAAGUGGCCCAACCCGGUGAUGCUGCGGGAGAUCGAGCACGACGACGACGGCGGCGAGAUGCCGCUUGGGCUCCCCGUGUGGGACCCGCGGAGGAACCCCCGGGACGGGAGCCACCUCAUGCCCGUCAUCACGCCGGCAUACCCGUGCAUGAACUCGUGCUACAACGUCUCCCGCGCCACCCUGCGAACCAUGACAGCGGAGUUCGAGGCGGCGCACAAGGUUUGCCAGGAGAUGGCCGUGGCCGGCGGGUGGGACGCGCUGUUCAGGCCGUUCAACUUCUUCAAGGCGUACAAGAGCUACCUGCAGGUGGACGUGAAGGUGGCCGGCGGGGAGGAGGAUCUCCGGGAGUGGAAGGGGUGGGUGGAGUCGCGGCUGAGGCAGCUGGUGGUCAGGGUCGAGAUGGCCACGGCCGGCAUGCUGCUCUGCCAUCCGCACCCGCACGCCUACGCCGCCAAGCCCCAUGAUGAUGAUCGGCGGCGCCUGUCCUCCUUCUUCGUGGGACUGUCCAAGCCGGCACCGUCGCCACAGCAACAGCAGCAGCCGCCGCAGUUCGACCUUCGCUUGACGACGCAGGAGUUCAAGGACGAGGUGUACACGUACGCGUUCUGGAGGCCUGGCAUGGAACUGGACGUCUCGCACGCCCGAAGGAAGGACCUGCCGCCCUAUGUGCUGGAGCAGAUUCUCUCCACUGAUCGUCUCAAGAGGAAGCGCUCCGACGAUGAUUCCGGCAACUCCGAGUUGAGCCCGGUCAAGAGGGCGGCGCCGGCAGGCAGAAUCGGGUCUUCACCAGAGAGCGAGACUUGA